AUGCCCCAUAUAAUUUCACAUCUUCGCUUAACAUUUUUAACAACUGUGUUCGCUAAAAAUGCUUGUAUCAAUACAGAAGAUCAAGUGUUAAUUGAUCGCGAAUAUUUUCAAAAAUAUUUUGGUGAUAAAUGUCUCGAGGAAAAUGGGCAAAUAAAAUUUGAAUUCUUUGCGAAUCUUUACCCUAUAAUUGAUACAUCAGAAAAGGAUCUAUCGGUUAAUGAGCAGGAUAAAUUGAUAAAUAAAUUUAUAGGAGAAUUUGAAAUUAGAUUGAAGAGAACACGUAUAAUGCUUGAUCAACAAUUUAUGGGUAAAUUUUGGAAUUUGUUAAAAUUUGGAAAUUUAAUAAAAUUUUUAGAUAAUACAUUGAGAAGUGAAAUGGAUAGAUUUAAUUCGGAAAAUAAAUUGAUAACCAAAGUUUCGAAUGAAAAAUGGAAAAAUUCUAAUUUAUAUGAAAUAUUAAAUCAGUUUUAUGUUGAAUUUGAAGGAGAUGAAAGGGCAAAUAAAAAUAUUAAUGGUGAGAAGAAAAAAAUUAUAAAAAUUGAUGAUGGAAAGGAUCAUGGAAAGGAUGAUGGAAAGGUGAUUUAUAUUUAA